CCCUAAGCAAUAGUUAACGAGCGUAACUCUAAGAGGAGCUUAUUCGAGUAAUAAUACUUUGAUCAACACUGAAACUAUGGGUGAAAAAAAGCUAGGGUACAUUCCAAACUAUGCCAGAUUCAUCAUGGGUGGAUCAGCCGGAAUGGGUGCAACUGUGUUUGUACAGCCCCUAGAUUUGGUCAAAAACAGGAUGCAGAUGAGUGGGGUUGGUGGUGCUGCAAAAGCACACAAAAGUAGUCUACAUGCAAUUGCCUCCAUUCUGAGACAAGAAGGAGUUUUUGGUGUCUAUAAUGGAUUAUCUGCUGGUCUGUUAAGGCAAGCAACUUACACAACAACACGACUGGGUGUGUUUACUUCGCUCAUGGAAAAAUUUAAGAGCCCCGAUGGAACUCCACCUUCUUUUCUCAUGAAAUGUGCUCUAGGAAUGACAGCUGGAGCUGUAGGCUCAUUUAUUGGUACACCGGCAGAGAUAUCCCUCAUAAGAAUGACUUCAGAUGGAAGGCUUCCUGUAGAACAACAGCGCAAAUAUACAAGUGUGUUCAAUGCCUUGUACAGAAUAACUAAGGAGGAAGGAAUUCUGACUCUUUGGAGGGGAUGUGGGCCAACUGUUUUUCGAGCUGUUGUAGUGAAUGCAGCGCAGCUGGCGACAUACUCUCAAGCAAAACAAGGCUUGCUCUCCACAGCUUAUUUUAAAGAUGAUUUGCUGUGCCACUUUGCAGCCAGCAUGAUAAGUGGUUUGGCGACUACUUUAGCUUCUAUGCCUGUUGAUAUCGCCAAAACUAGGAUUCAAAAUAUGAAGAUUAUCGAUGGAAAGCCUGAAUAUCGUGGAGCCCUGGACGUUUUUGUGAGAGUGAUCCGUCAGGAAGGGAUUUUCGCGUUGUGGAAAGGAUUCACACCAUACUAUUUUCGUCUUGGUCCGCACACUGUUCUAACGUUUAUCUUCCUCGAACAAUUUCAAAAGCUGGCGAAAAACUUCUAUGGUGUGUCUAGUGGUGGCGGUCUUUGAGGAUAGGUCAGCUUGGCUGUGAUGAAUGAUUCUUGUACAGUUACAAAUUCAUCUUCUGAAUGACAUGGAGGGAUCAUUUGACAUAGGAAGAAUUUAUUAAUAAGUUCAAUAAUGUUUAGGCGAUGGUCAUUGCAAAUAGCUAUGCAGAAAUAAUUAAUUUCAAUGACGAAUAAGACUCCAUAGACCUACUGAGACGGCGAUGGUCUCCGUCUUGGACAGUGAGCUCACCAUGUCUUAUUCUGAAGAUACAUGGAUUAACGAAUGAGACCUGAAAACUCUGCAAAUACGUAAUGACUGUAUGAAACUCCUCUAUAGGUAACUUAUUGGUAAAUUUUUGCGAUGUUGGUAUUAAAUUUGUUAUGUUUUA